AUGACGAUCACACGAGCGACUAUCUUGUCUAACCUGGUGAUGGAGGGCCUCCUCUCGGAGCUGAGAGACCUCAUCGCCCCCCGCCUCAAAGGCAAACUCCAUGAGAGGCAAAGGAACUGGAUACUGAUCAGUGAUGCUGUGCACAGCCUGGUGCAGGCGCAGUGCCAGACGCAGUAUGAAGCAGUGCUGCAGAAGUGUGAGGCUAACCGCUCUUCUUUAGAGGCCUCCAUACGAACAGACAUGGACCAGAUCAUCACGUCCAAGGAACACGUGACCAACAAGAUCAGAGGUUGGAUGAGAGCAACACUUCUCCUCAUUCAGAUACUAGCAGCACAUUUCUCAUCUUUG